AUGAACAGAAUUAACAACAAAGAAGAUAUUACUCUGAUUUGGUUUGAUUCAAAGAUCGAUUCCAACUAUCAUGUAGAACAAACAAAGAAACAACUAAGUCAAAUCAAUGAUUAUGUUGUAUUUCAUACUCAACUCGAAUCUUGCAUCAAUUUCAUUCAAUCGAUUUAUGAUGAGAAGAUCUUGUUUAUCUCUUCGAUUUCUGAUGCAUCACAUAUAUUACCUCGUAUUACAAGACUACCUCAAAUCGAUAGUAUAUUUCUUUUCAACUGGGACAAAGUCAAUCAUGAACAUUUAUUUGUUGAACAUUCAAAAGUGAUUGGUAUCUAUGAUGAAAUCGAUUUAUUGUGUUUAUCAAUUCAAGAACAAAUUGAUUUUCUCGAUCAAAAUUUACAAACAUUCAGCUCCUUUGACCAGGAUGAACAUUUCAAGAAAGAUCUAUCAAAACAAACAGCUGAUCUUAUUUGGUUCCAACUUUAUCAUGAUGUUCUCUUUCAGUUAAUACAUGAUGAAAAAGCUAAACAAGAAAUGAUUGAUGCAAGUCGUUCUUAUUAUCGAGACAAUAUCAAAGAAUUGGAAGUGAUUGAGAAGUUUGAAAAUAAAUAUCGAUCAGAAGAAGCUCUUCGAUGGUAUUUAAAAAAAUCGUUCCUCUACAAAAUAAUCAAAAAAGCAUUGAGAACAAAAGAUUUUGAUCAACUCUUCACAUUUCGAUAUUUUAUGAGAGAUCUGACAGAAUGUCUCAUUCGAGAACAUCAAAAAUUUGUCCAAUCUGGUACCAAAUUACUAUUCAUGUAUCGAGGAAUGAAAUUGACAAGUGAUCAAAUCGAUCAAUUCAAAGAGAACAAAAGUAAACUUGUUUCAAUUAAUGGAUUUUUGACAACAACUACUCGUCGUUUAACUGCAUUAAACCAAGCGAUGAAACCUUCAAAAAGAACUGAUCUUAUGCCUGUUCUCCUAGAAAUCCAAUGUAAUUUAGAACAGGUGAGCAACAGUGUCAUUGUUGCUGAUUGCGUUCAUUGUAAUGAACUUCUAAAUGAGGAACAACAAGAAAUUAUCUUCGAUUUAAAUGUUGCUUUUCAACUAGAGAGUAUGAGAAUGGAGGAAGACAUGUGGCUGAUUAAAAUGAGUGCAUUUAAUGAAGGUCAACUUAUCAAAGAAAAAUAUAUCAAAGAUUCACAUAGUCAAAUGGAAGAUAUAAGUAUUAGAAUUCUCUUUGGACGAUUGAUGUGUGAUAUGGGUCAAUGGGAUCAAUCACAACAUUUCUUUGAACAUUUAUUGAACAACUCGAAUAGCUACAAUGAAGAUCUCGUAAAGCUUGAAUGUAGUCUUGGUGAGGUUCUACAAUGGAAAGGAGAAUGGAAUGAAGCAAGAAAAUAUUAUGAUCGUGCUUAUGAUCGAAUAAUGAAUUUAAAAUCAACACGAAUCAAGGAUUCAGCUAAUAUACUCUUCAAUAUUGGUGAGAUUCUCUAUCGAGAAGGAAAGUAUGAAGAAGCUCGUGAUUAUUAUGAACGAGCAUUUGUAAUAAGAAAGGAAUAUUAUUCCUUUCCCAAGGUCGGUAGGUUCCGUUCACCGAAUCAUCAACGCAGCAAUAUGUUAAGUCGUAUUCGUGCGUCAUUCCGGUCGAUUUUAUUGACUUCGCGUCGAUUAUUUCAACCGUGUUCUGGACGACUUUGGACUAGAAAUUUUCGAGAAACUUCUCGUUGGUUCCAUUCGAAAUAUGUGGCAAAUAGAAUGGAGUCUUUUGACGAGCAAUCGAAUAAAACUCAGUUACAAGAAAUGUGUCGAAAUGUACAGGAAACCGAUUGGUCACAACUGAGCAAGGCUCACUUUGAUGGUCAUAUACCUAUCGCUAUUAGUCUUCGUAGCUUCGGCAAAAUCCUUUUUCGACAAGCCAAGUAUGAUGAAGCAUUGAUCUUUUAUCAGCAGGCACUGACAAUAUUCGAGAAAUAUUAUAGAUCUCCUCAUAUUGAUAUCGCUGUUAGUCUCAUGCACAUUGGUCAGGUUCUUAUAUAUCAAAGAAAGUACGAUGAUGCCCUCGAUUUCUGUCAACGAGCAAUGUCAAUUUAUACAAGAUAUUAUCCAAAUGGUCAUCUAUGCAUCACCUCGACUCUCAAUCAUAUCGGUUACAUUCUCUAUUUCGAAGGCAAACAUGACGAAGCUCUGCAGAUUCAUGAACGAGCAUUAGCCAUGCAACAAAAGCAUUUUCCAUCUGGUCAUGUCGACAUGGCUGAUAGUCUUUGUGGAAUAGGACAUGUUCACUACGAUCGAAGAAACUAUGAUAAAGCCAAUGCGUUUCAGGAACAAGUGCUAGAUAUUCUACGAAAAUACUAUUUUUCUGGUCAUGCUGACAUUAUUUGUACUUUAAACAACAUUGGCUGUAUACAGAGGGAUCAAGGAAAGUAUGAUGAAGCUCUUGAUUUUCAUCGACGAGCAUUAGCACUUCAAGAGAAAUAUUAUCCAUCCUAUUAUACACGCAUCGCUGACAUUCUCAAUUAUAUCUCCAUUGUACUACUUUCUCAAUCAAAAUAUGAUGAAGCUCUAUGCUAUUGUCAACGAGCGCUAACAAUGCAAGAGAAAUAUUAUCCUUCGGGUAAUGUUUCAAUAGCAUCAAGUCUCAACAACAUUGGAAAUAUUUUACAUGAGCAAGGAAAGUACAAGGAAGCUUUCGAUGCACAUCGACGAGCACUAGCAACUGUCGAAACACACAAUCCAUCCGAUCAUUCCUCCAUUGCUGUUUGUAUGAACGACAUCGGGAUUACAUUAUGCGCGCAAGCAAAUUAUGAUGAAGCUCUUGAUUAUCACUGGCAAGCACUCGAGAUGCAAGAAAAGUAUCGCUCGUCUUGUCGGCGUGAGAUAAUCAAUAGUCUCAAUUACAUCGGUAAUGUUCUCAUUGGACAGAAAAAAUACGAUGAAGCCCUGAAGUUUUAUGAACGUGCACUCGAAAUGCAAACGAAGUACGAUCCAGAUGGUCAUGUGAACAUUGCGUCAACCCUCAUUAAUAUUGGCGGAACAUUUCGUCAACAAACAAAUUUCGAUAAAGCGAUUGAAUAUCAUCACAAAGCAUUAGAAAUUCAAGAGAAAUAUUAUCCAUCAGGAAGUGUCAUCAUAGCUGAUAUCCUCAAUGGUAUCGGUCAUGUUCUGUACGAUGAAGAAAAGUAUGAUGCAGCAAUUGACUAUUAUCGACGGGCACUUUCAAUACAAGAAAACUUCUAUCCUGAUGGUCACAUCGAAAUGUCUCAUACUUUUAGCUUCAUUGCUAACACUCUAUAUGAACAAAAGAAAUACGAUGAAGCACUGCAGUUUCAUCAAAAAGCCUUGACUAUCCAAGAAAAAUAUUAUGAAUCUACUCAUGUCGCCAUCGCGAAUAGUCUGACUUCAAUUGGUAAUGCUCUAUAUAACCAAGAGAAAUAUGAUAAAGCUCUCGAUUUUUACUAUCGAGCACUGACCUUUUACAAGAAAGACGCAUUCAAUCAUUCGAAUAUUGCUACUUGUCUAAACAAUACAGCUCAAACUUUAAAACACCAAAGAAAAUAUGAUCAGGCUCUCGAAUUUCAACAACAAGCGUUGACAGUUCUUAAGAGUAAUUCAUCUAAUGAUCAAUUUAGCAUUGCUAGGAGUCUCAAGAACAUUGGUUAUACUCUAUUGGAGCAAACAAGACAUGAUGAAUCUAUUGACUUUUAUCAACAAGCAUUAAUCAUAUUCAAAGAAUAUUAUCCCAAUGAAUAUGUUGAAAUUGUUGAUUGUCUAUACUGGAUCGCUACUAAUUUCAAUAGAAAAUUGCAGUUCGAUCUUGCUAUUGAAUAUUUAGAAAGAUGUUUAUUAAUUGACGAAGCCAGUUUACCUUCAAGUUACCUUUCCAUCGCUACCACACUUGAGUGUUUGUCACAAGUACAAAGAAACAAAGGCGAACAUGAACUCUCUCUUGUAUACGAACAGAAUUGUUACUUAAUGCGUCUCAAAGUUCUACCACCAUAUCAUGAGGACAUUGGCCAUAGUUUAUCAAAAAUAGGUGAAAUUUAUGAAAAUCUUCAUAAAUCUAUAUUGGCACUUGAUUACUAUCAACAAGCAUUAACUAUCUAUGAAAAAUGUCUGCCUUCCGGGCAUGACGACCUAUGGAUAAUGAAAUCGAAUAUUGAACGACUAUCGGAAGAACUUGGAAUUGAACUCGAUUAA